CGGAUAUUUCCGAACCUGCCGGCAGUAGCUACAAUCUACAGCGAGGGCCGGGGCUGCCUCAAAGCCUUCCCGCGAACUCCAUGGAGAAGGCAAUUACAGCGGUGGAAAGCGCCGGGGACAACGUGUCAGCGGCUGCGGCCAACAGCAGCGGCGGAGGCAGUAACAGUAGCAGCCGGAGUAGCAGUCGCCCCACGUCGGCGGGUUCCUCGCCUUCCACUUCUACCAGUCGGGGUCUCUCGGGCCGGCAAGCAGGAGCGGUGGCUGCUGCGCUGGCCGCGAGGCCGGAUGGAGGAAGCAGCAGCAGCCCCAGUUCAGCUGCGGCCAGUCCUGGAGGAGUCUGCGGCGCCGGCGCCUCGGGGGGACUGGCGGCUGGUAGGAGAACGGAGGCAGUUCUGGAGGGGAUCUUGAGCAAAUACACCAACCUCAUCCAAGGUUGGCAAAGCAGGUAUUUUAUAUUGGAUUUUGAGACUGGAAUUCUACAGUACUUUGUAAAUGAGCAGAAUAAAAACCAGAAGCCUCGAGGAAUCUUAUCUUUAGCUGGGGCUAUAGUUUCUCUCAGUGAUGAAGCUCCAAACAUGUUGGUGGUAUAUUCUGCUAAUGGAGAAAUGUAUAAAUUGAGAGCUGGUGAUACAAAGGAGAGACAGUACUGGGUGACUCAACUUCGAUCUUGUGCCAAGUACCAUACUGAAAAUAAUUUGAAGAGCACUCUGACUUCACGAGCAAAAAGCUUGACUUUGUUGCCCCUUGGAACAGCUAACUCCACAUCUCUCAGUUCUCAAAAAAUCGUAACUCAGAGUGGGCCUCCAGUUAUCACCAUUACACAUCACAAAUCUCCUGUGGUAGCCCGAAAAACCAAACCUCAGUAUCCCUGCCAGCUUCAUGGAGUCAGAGAAAUUAUGGCCCAAGUGGAAGGACAACAGAAAAACCUUGUGCAAGGCAUUGAAUCCCUUCCAGGUUCUGGUCCUCUUUCUGCCUUUGAUCAAGACUUUCUGCUUUUAAAAGCUACCUCUGCUGCUGCUCUCAGUUGCUUGGGAGAAUGCCUGCAUUUGCUUCAACAGAGUAUAAGCCAAGUGAGCGCACCCCAGAACAGGACAUUACCUUCAGAAAAUAUACUAGUAUGGCAUGGAUCAAAGUCAAAUUCUACAGACAUACUGAAAAAUAGUGCUCUUGGUUCUUUAACAACAGCAAGCGCCAAUCUCUCAUGGUCAGUCAUACCAUCUGUGAUACAAGAUGAAACUAUGCAUACAACUCGUGAAGUGAUUCUGGUUGAAGAUGAGGUGACAGACACUGAAGACUCUGAAGAGGAUGAUUUAGGAACCUUGGAUGAUCAGCAAAGUGUAAUCCUUCAUAUUAUCUCACAACUGAGACUUGGGAUGGAUCUAACUAGGGUAGUCCUUCCAGCCUUUAUUUUAGAGAAGAGGUCUCUGCUGGAGAUGUUUGCAAACUUCUUAGCCCAUCCAGACCUAUUUUUAUCAAUUUCGUGUGGAACCAGUCCUGAGGAAAGAAUCAUCUCCUUUGUGGAGUACUAUUUGACAGCCUUUUAUGAGGGCCGAAAAGGCAUUGUUGCCAAGAAGCCAUAUAAUCCAAUAAUUGGAGAAACAUUUCAUUGCUCUUGGAAUGUGCCUAAGGACAGAGUAAAAUCAAUGACAGCAAACACUGCCUCUUGUGGUCUCAAGGGGAAAGCUUCAUCAGAAUGUUAUAGACUGAAAUUUGUAGCUGAACAAGUGUCCCAUCAUCCACCAGUGAGCAGUUUUUACUGCGAGUGCAAAGAGAAGAAAGUGUGUGUGAAUGUUCAUGUAUGGACCAAAAGCAAAUUCAUGGGGAUGUCUGUAGGUGUUUCUAUGGUAGGUGAAGGCAUUCUUUAUCUCUUGGAACAUGGGGAGGAAUAUAUAUUCACAUUGCCUUCUGCCUAUGCGCGUUCAAUACUUACUAUUCCUUGGGUAGAGCUUGGAGGCAAAGUCAAUAUUCACUGUGCCAAAAGUGGCUACUCUGCUAUGGUCACAUUCCACACCAAGCCAUUUUAUGGAGGAAAACUACACAGGGUUACAGCAGAGGUGAAGCAUAAUCCAACCAAUACCAUAGUGUGUAAAGCACAAGGAGAAUGGAAUGGCAUUCUGGAAUUCACAUAUAGCAAUGGUGAAACCAAAGUAAUUGAUACCACCAAAUUACCUAUAAUCCGGAAGAAGAUCAGACCAGUAUCAAAACAAGGCCCCUUUGAAUCAAGGCAUUUAUGGCAACAUGUCACUGCUGCCCUGAAGGAAGGUGACAUUGAUGUGGCAACAGAACAUAAGCUUUUUCUUGAGGAGAGGCAGCGAAAAGAGGAGAGGCAACGAGCAACUAGCAACACACUUUGGAAACCAAAAUAUUUUACCAAAGAGGGCGAUGGGUGGACGUACUUUAAUCCCCUCUGGAAGAGUCAUUGCUAAAUUCAUCUGGAUUCAAAUGCCCAUUUUUUAAAGGCAUUAAAUAGAUGCAUUAUUUAAUCUUCAGAUGUGAUUGUCUUCUUGUUAAUUAAAGCUGCAUUUUGUAAAUAAUGCACCUCAAAAUGAAAAACUCAAGUUUAUUGAAGAACCAUUCUAUAUGCAUAUAUUAGAAGUGGAUAUGAUGCCAUGUGUUGAUACCAUAUGUGUAUAUUGUAUAUAAUACACAUAUCACACAGACAAUUAAAUAUCUGAUCUCUUGCACUGAAAUCAAUGUACACCAUAUUGCUUGCUGGAUCAGAUUUCACAUUAUUAUCACUUUCUAGUAUUGAUGAAUUUUUGUACUUUUCACACUGCCAAAGUUUUGCACU